GUGGGCCUCAUCAUCCAGUUGGGCUUACUCAUAUUUAAAAGAGGACAGCGCCGCAGGUCUGAACCGUGGAAGCUCCCUGGGUAUCCUUGUGUGUCAGACACAGAGCUUAAUUAAUCCUGUAAAACAGACUGGCGGUUAACCUAACAAGUCGACUGCCUCUUCUGACUCGCCCCCAGCAGCCCUCCUCCCCCUCUGCUUUCCGCCCCUUGGUACAUUUUCUAAUCUCUGGUUCGCUGGUUUCCAUUUACCUCCAGCUACUAAUCUCCCCUCCCUCUCCUUCUCCAUCUCUCUCUCUCUCUCUCUCUUUUGUCAUCCCUCCUCCCCCUUCAUACUCUUUCAAAGCUAGCAGGCUGCAAUCCGAUCUGUGCGGCAGCUACAUGAUCUCUUGGAAGCCGUGCCCGCUCUCUCGCUGCCUGCUGCCGAGCGUUUUUAGGUGCCGAACCCCGGGAAGGAUGUCUGUAUCUCAGCUUUGAUUGCCACUGCUGUCCCUCACCCCCUUCCCUUCCCCUUUUCCUAAUAACCCCAAUUCCCCUCCCCAGCCCUUUUCUCCGAGUGUCCCCCCUCUCAACAAUGUUGCCAUGCUGCUGCUGGAUCCAGCCUCUGCCACUGCUAGCCGGUCUUGUGCUCUGUGUUGCCUUACAGACUGGAGGGGAGCCAUGCCCAGCUAACUGCCUCUGUCCAGACCCUCACACGGUGGACUGCAGCAGCCUUGGGCUCACCAGUUUGCCAGACUCCAUCCCUUUGGAUGUUCGGAGACUCCUGCUUGCCGACAACUUGAUUGAACGAAUCCCAGCGGAUUUUUUGGUACUGUACAGUGAUCUGGUGUACCUGGACCUGAGGAACAACUCUCUGUCAGCCAUUGAGUUAGGCACUUUUGUCACUUCCUCCAGGCUGGUGUUCCUUGACUUGGGUUGCAACAAUUUAACUGAAAUCCCUGCAGGAACCUUUGGGGGAUCUCAUAGCCUGAUUAAACUCCGUCUGGGCAGUAACCCGUACCUGUCCAUGGUGAGUAAGGAUGCCUUCAGUGGACUGACGGCCCUACGGGAGCUGGAGCUGGAACGAAACGCUCUGUAUGGCCUACAGGUGGCAGCAGUGAGUCAGCUGCCCUCUCUUAGAGUUUUAAAACUUGAAGGGAAUCCUUGGGUGUGUAACUGCAACUUUUCCAACCUGUUUACAUGGCUAACGAAAAACUCAGACAAGCUUCCAAGCGGAUUCGAUGGGAUGGAGUGCUCUUUGCCAUUGGAUGGCCGGAGGGUGGCACUGAACCAACUCUCAGAAGAUAGUUUCAGGGGCUGCCAGCUAACUCUCACCCUCACAGAUUAUCUCAUCAUCAUCUUCUCGGGUAUCUCUGUGUCAGUGGCUGCCAUCCUCACCAGCUUCUUUCUGGCAUCCACCGUCCACUGUUUCCAGCGCUGGAGCAAGGCCAACAAGACAGAUGAAGAGGACGGAGAUGACUAGAGGGCUUCUUCUUCUGGAGCUUCAUCCUUUAGACAGGUUCCAUACACAUCAGCACUGAAUCCAGCAGAGGUCGCCUUCCUCCUAAAAACACUGUGUGGAGCUGCACUCUGUACUUGUCAUUUUUUUAAUGAGGGCUUUUCUCA